AGGAUUCAACUCGGAAUCGAAUUUUAUGAGUGGAAACGCUGAAAUUGAUUCGUUUAUAAAAGAAACACAAACAACAUCAAUACAUUGCGAUGAUUUUAUUGAAUGGAUUCCUAUUAAAAGGUUUAAUAAUGUGAAACCACUUACAAAAGGUGGAUUUUCAACUAUUUAUAUUGGUGACUGGAAUUUAUUAGAUGACGAUGAUUACAAUGAUAAUUCAAAAAUUAUAUCAAAACCUGUUGUAAUCAAAGUUUUAAAUGAUUCAUUAAUUAUUAAUGAUAGAAUUUUAAAUGAGUUAAAAACUCAUUAUAAAUGUUCCCUUGUCAAUAGUUUAGCAGUACCAUUUUAUGGAAUAACAUACUUUAGAUCAGAUAAUUAUGAUAAUUUGGCAAUGAUAUUAAAAAAAGCAAAAUAUGGAGAUCUUAGAAAGUAUUUAAGGGAACAUAAAAAUUUGACUUGGCUAGAUAAAUCAAAAUUACUUUUAGAAAUUUCAAAAGCUUUAAAUUCAAUGCAUGAAAUGAAAUUACUUCAUAAAGAUUUCCAUUGUAAAAAUAUUCUUGUUGAUGAUCAGAGUAAAAUUUAUAUUGGAGAUUUUGGAUUAUGCCAACAUGAAGAAGAAAUUAAAAAAAAUAUUGAGAAUAAUUCUAAUAUUGUCAAAAGACCUCAAAUAAAUGAAAGUUACACAACAAGAGCAUUUGAAUCUACUUUGUCAUUUAAAAAAAUUAAGCUAGAGGAGGAGGAAGAAGAACAUACUGCCACUGAAGUUACUGUUAGUGAUGAUAUGAAGAUGAAUAUAAAUACCACUCUACCCAUCCAACAAUCCAGUCCUUCAAAAUUGACAAAUCCACCUGUUAUGGUUCAACUAUCUUCAAUUCUUCAAAGUCAAAUUCAUCAAACUCCCUCUGCUGCCAUGUAUAAAAAUCUACAUAAUCAACAAAAUCUUGCCAAUUUAAUUAACAAAAAACAAAGCAUGACAUUUGAAGAACAUAAUCCUGUCAUUAAUAACAACAAUAAUCUCAACCUCAUAAAUGCUGCUACUAAUGUCAGUGAUUCUACUACAAAUCAAGCA